UUUCAAGGGACAAACCCAUACACAAGUUGUACCAACAUAACAGAAAAAAAGCCGGUAAAUUCAUAGAAUGCAUAUGAAUAUAACCUAUUUUAUUUUCAAAAUAUACAAUUUUACAAACAAGAAAUGAACGGAUAUUUGUUUAGUUGUGAAAAAAAUAAUGAUAUGUGUCUCUAUGGUGAUUUUAGGUCAUAUUUUGAAAAUAUUGACGUUCAAAAACAGGAAGUAAACAUGUAUAUUGGAAAUAAUGUUUAUCACUUAGAAGGAAUUGUAGAGGAAAUUGAUGUUAUUGUUGGAUUAGUGCAAAGAGAAUGGUUUUUAUUUCAAGAAAUUGCAUUGCACGAUGUUAUUUUUAAUACAGAAGAAAUAUUUUAUGCAAGAGAAUUCAUUAACAAAGCUUUAACUGGUAUUAAACAAUCACUACAAAUAUGUAAUUUUCCUAAUAGAAAAGACCGCUACAAGAAAAAAGUAUUUGAAGAAAUAAAAUGUAUUGUUAAUAGUGUUAUUCACAUCAAUCGUUUGCAUGACGAUUUUGUAGUAAAAUUGUCUUCGUGGAAAGAUAAUGAUGCAAAAAAUCCGGUAUAUCAAUAUUUCCACACAUUUUUAGAAAUACAGUAUUACAUACUAUUUUUAAAUUACAUUUGUGAACCACCUGAUUGUGUCAUGGACGAGUUUAUUGAAGUUAUAAUGAACAAUUUUAUACAAUUAAGUAAAAAGAAUUAUCAGAGACAAACUGGCAAAGUUUUUGUUUGCCAUUGUGUAAAAAAUUUCUGGUUGUUACUUCAGUUUUACUUGGAGAAAAGCAAAGAUGGAGAACAAUUUUGGAAGAUUUUCAACAAAAUAUUGGAACAAGAAGAUUCUGUAUUUUCUCUUUGGAUCCUAGUAGAAAUAUCAAAAUUACAUUUAAAAAAUGAAUCUCUUUUAGAUGAAGGAAAUUUAUGUCAUAGGAUAAGACCAAAUUAUGAUUUAUUGCUGAACAAAUUGAAAAAUUUACUCUUAGAUGCUGACUCUGAUAUGUUGCUGAAUGUUUUUAAAAUUUUGACUCCCUUAUUAACAGAUUAUUGGUUAAAACAUGCCAGAAUUGAUAUAUAUCAAAUUAUUUGGGAUUUUUAUAGCAAGAAGUUGAACAUAUCAAAUAAAAACUAUUCAAAUUUAAGUGCAUUGGAAAUAAAGGCAUCCAUAAAUAAUAUAAUUUCCUCUCCAGAUGAAUGCAAAGAAGAUUUUGAAAUAUUUUUAGGUAUUUUGAAUUGUCAUUUAAGAGAAUACCCCAGUCAUUGGGGGAAAAUGAAGGGGAGAAUAUAUUCCCAAUUAGGACCCCACAAAUUAAAAGAAUUGAAUCACAUUGGAAUAGUGCAUGUUAUGUUUUUAUUUGCUAGUUUAAGUAAUUUGAAUUAUGAAGAACUAUUGAAGAAAAUUGUAUCCUUUUUGGAAGCUAUAUCACAAGAAAAAAGGAAUGAUCCUUUGAUUUGGAAUGUUUUCACAGCCUUUAUUUUUAUGCAAGUACAGCGAGGCUUAAGUAUAGAGAAAACAUCACCAUUACUUCUAACUUGGAUUCAAGAAGCAUCACUGGACAAUAAGAAAUUCCACUUAAUAAAAACAUUUAUAACCAACUUCGAACACAUUUUAAACAUUAGCAUUCAUAUGAAUUUGCAUCAGUGGAUUUUAUUAAACACCUGGUUAAUAAAAUAUCUAUCCUCAUGUUACUAUGCUGAUAUGACAAAUGCGUUGGAAACUUUGCUAUACACUUUGGGGAAAGUUGAAAGUCCGGAUUCUUGGUCAGUCUGGUGUUCUUCUUUUCAAAAUUAUGUUUAUCCAAUGUUAAAACAAAUUUCUCCUAGCCACAACGCUCCAGGAACCGUAGGAACAAUUGCUGGAAAAUUGUAUUUUCUCAUUCCACAUUUAUCUUCGGAAAUUUUCAAUUACUUCACCAAUGAUAACAUAUCUUCACAGAUAGCAUCACAUUUUUUAACUAUAGUUUUGGCAGAGUAUCCCAGCAGUUGUAUAUUAAAUAACCUUCAAGAAGCUUCUGUAAUUCAAUGCUGGAUGAAAAUAUGUCUUUUGAAUACACAAUCUUCAACCAAGUUAACAAGCAUUGUCACAAAAUUAGAUCACUUUCCCACUCUUCUAAAAUCGCAUAUAAACUCUUCAGAAGAUUCAUUAAGAGGUUUUAUUGAAUAUUUAGGUAGUGAUAUAAAAAGUCAUAUACAAUCGAAUUCAAUUAAUAAAUUAUGCGAAUUAUGUUUUGGGAGCAUUGAUAAAUGGUUACCGCAAUAUUUAAAUCAUCCUGAAAACGAGUCUGUAGUUUUUAGGAUAUACAUUUCUCUAUCAUUAGCAUUUUUACAUUGUGGGUCCCUUCUUUAUAACCGAAAUAGAAGCUCCAGUCCUUUAACCAAAUUAAUGCAUUGUUUAUUAUUUCCUUCCGAUUUUUUAUUAGGAAAAACACCUCAUGAAUAUGUUAUAAAUUCCAUUAAAAAAACAUGGCAUUUAUUUUAUGAAGCGUUAGUGAAGUUAAAAACUGAUUCUGAUGUAUUCCUAGAAAGGAGUUUAAGAGAUUUGAUUACAAAGUACAUACCCUAUUUUCCUACUACUGAUUCGCCUAUAGUAAAAUGUCUCGAAAAUGAUAUAACAGCUGAAACAGUAUUGGAAAAAAUUUGCAAUUGCUACUUCAAACACCCAGUCAAAGAACGCGAUAAUAAUUUAUCAAAAGUAAUAAAAAUCUUGAACGACACUAUCCAAAGUACUACUUCUGUUCCACUAUUAAAACUGAUAAUCACUAAAACUUUGUGUGGACUCUUUGAAUUGGUCAUAUUCCAUCCACAAAGAAGCCUAGCAAUUAAUCUUAUUAAAACAAUCAUUCAAUCUCCUCUUUAUCCUCAUGUGAAGCUGGAAUUUAGUACUUGUGUUAUAAGUACUACAGAGAAACAUUUAAAUUUUAACGCUAUAAACUAUUUUCAGUUGAUGUAUAUUUUAGCGAAAUUUAUACCUACCGAUGUUAAAGAUGUGUUGAAAGAAAUUGGUCAACAGGUAGCAAAUGUAGAAAGGUUAAGAGGUGUUGGUUAUGAUAUUAAUCUUAGAUCUCAAUUAGAAAAGUUGGAAAAUGCUGUAAAUAUAACAUAAGUCAAUCAAUUUUAUUAAUUGUGUAAAUAUUUGAUGAAAAGAUUAUGUAAAUAAAUUUAUUUUAAUAAG